AUGGGUCACCCAGCAGGUCUCCGCGCCGGUACUCGGUAUGCAUUCAGCAGAAACUUCAAGGAUCAUGGUAUGAUCAAGUUGUCGACCUACUUGAGACAAUACAAGGUCGGUGACAUUGUUGAUAUCAAGGCAAACGGUGCCGUUCAAAAGGGUAUGCCCCACAAGGUUUACCACGGAAAGACUGGUGUCGUUUACAACGUCACCAAGAGCGCCGUUGGUGUUAUCAUCUACAAGAAGGUCAAGCACAGAUACAUCGAGAAGCGUGUCAACCUCAGAAUCGAGCACGUCUCCCUCUCCCGCUCAAGAGAGGAGUUCGUCCGCAGAGUCAAGAAGAACGCCGAGUUGAAGAAGCAAUCGAAGGCCGAUGGUACCCACGUUCACUUGAAGAGACAGCCAGCCAUGCCAAGAGAGGCCAGAACCAUUUCGAUGAAGGAUAACGUACCAGAGACAAUUGUACCAAUCGCAUACGAGACGACUAUCUAA